AUGAGUUUUCUGUGCAGGAUUGUGGGGGUGUUACUCCUCGUGGGCGCAGCAAUUGCCGCUCCAUCUCACCAUUGGGGGCCAAAGCAAUGGAAAGGUCUAGUCACCUUUGGGAAUAGCUAUACCGACGAAGCGAGAUUGCAAUAUUUUGCGGAGCACAAGGGCAAACCACCGCCAGUUGGGUGGGAACAGCCUGUUAGCAACCACUCUUAUUCUGGCGGAUACACUUGGGGAUAUUUUGCUUCGGAACACACGGACGUGAAACGGUACAAUUAUGCUGUCAGCGGGGCAGUGUGCUCGAAUAACAUCACACCGCGAACGUACGAACCGAUCAAUGGCCCUUAUCCCUCCGUCUUGGAGUAUGAGGUACCCGCCUACAUCGCAGACAGCAAGUAUAUCACUCCCAACGGGACCAAGUUCAUGGACAUCGGGCAAAACGAGACGGUUUAUGCGAUAUGGAUCGGCACCAACGACUUGGGGAACAACGCUUUCCUCACAGACUCGCAGGUCGCGGGUACCACGAUCCCAUAUUAUAUCGAGUGUGUCUACCAAGCCUUGGACAAAGUAUACGCAAACGGAGGUCGGUACUUUGUGAUCAUGAAUAUGGCCCCAUUGCAACUGUCCCCUCAGUACGCAACACCAGAGCACGGCGGGCUGGCUGUGACGCCGGGAUACUCGGAUAAGGGGGCCAAUAUCACGGAGAUUAGUUAUCGGAUGUGGGAAACGGUGGUUACGGUCAACGAUGUCUUUAGAUACAAGACACCGUUUGAGGCAUUGAUCUCACACCGGUACCGAGGGGCGCAGCUAGCUGUGAUGGAUCUGUAUGGCUUGAUCUCUGAUAUUUAUUACAACCCAAUCGAAUAUCUGGACGCGCCGGCAAACGUAACAGGGUAUGUGCGCCACUGUCCGAUUGGGGGUGGGCACUGUACGUACCAGGACAAUCCGGCUUCAUACCUGUGGUAUGAUGAGUUACAUCCGUCCGAGCGUGCCGAAGAAGUUGUCGGAAAGGAGUUUGUCAAGGUCGUCGAGGGAACUAGUCGGUGGGCAGCGUACUGGUAA